UGUGUGGUGAAGACUGUAUCUCGGCGUCGUUUUAAGAGAAAUUAUUGUUCCUAAUAGUUUCUCAUUUUGCGAUUAAGGUCUAACGUAGAAAAAUAAGCAGAGGAGCGCAUAAAUAUUUGUUUCCUCUCUCUUUUUGUAAGGUUUUAUAAAUUCAGAAUCGUGAAAUCCUUCAGAAGUAUCAAACAUCUCGUCAAAAUGGCGGUUCUCAGACGCUUUGGUCGCCAGAAUUUCAACAUUAUUUUGAUUAUCUUGGGGCUCCUUUUCUUGUGGUUCUAUUGGUUCAGAUCCCCGCUUCGCACACCAGAGAAAUUGGUAAAACAGAAUUUGAAUAAGAUCGCAAGCCAGAGGCAAAGAGGAGAUCAUCGCAUUAAAGAAAUGUUCACAAUUGCACGCUGCCAGUGCACGAGGUACAAAACUGACAUCGCGAACCUCCGCAAGUCGAGGCUCGAACGGCUCGUCACCGAUUCGAACACAGCGAAGUCGACGUGUUCGGACUUCGCCACCCUUCGAGGCCCCGGGCAAAAAGUGGUGUCGUAUUCGUACUACUUUUUCGAGGGCGCUUGCAAUGCGGAAAGGGACCAGCAUUUCACCAUAUACCUGAGUCAGAUGCGCGGAACGGUCUCGUCCAUAAAGAAGCAUUACCCCGGAUGGCUGGUGAGAAUCUACCACAACGUUACUCUCGAUGAUAAGAAAAGCUCUGAGGAGUUAUGUCGUCUCUACUGUGACCACGACAACGUUGAUCUUUGCCACGUUCACAACCUGCCCGAGCUUGGGAACUUGACAAAUAAAGGAGUAUUUGGUCGUUUCUGGCGAUUUUCCGUGAUGGGAGAUCCUACAGUAGACGUGUUCUUGUCGAGAGAUACGGACAGCUGGGUGCUGGCGAGAGAGGCGAAGGCAGUAAAGGCGUGGCUCCGGUCUGGCCUCACUUACCACGUCAUACACGACCACCCGAAGCACAAGCCGAUUAUCAUGUCUGGCCUCUGGGGAGCAUUCAACAAAGCGCAGGAAUAUUUGCAACAGGUUCGGGAUUUCAUGUUUGAAUGGCGCGUCUCUGACAAACCGUCACAUGAUAAUGAAAUGCUGAGGAUUUUGCUCUGGCCGAUUAUGAAGGAAGACGUCCUCAACCACGACAGCUUCACCUGCAGCGACCCCAACCACGGCGCCUCCGUACCCUUUCCGACCCGACGCGUAGGUAACGAGUACUGCGGAUGGGGGCUGUCCAAGGCCGUUCCUGCUCUGGAGGUGAACACGACCGAGUGUCCCUACGAGUGCCGUCCCGAUGACCACAAAGACUGGGUGUCCUGUUAAGUAAGGAGAGAGGGAGGGCUGUUAUCUGCCUGGCUUGGUCUUCGUUUUCUUAAGAGACCUCUGGUUUAAGUGGCUUUCCUGUUUUGGGUUGGGCGAUGAUGGCACUUUUCUUGGUUAUUGUGCGUCUAGGCUGAGUUCUAUUUUAUCAUUAUUAUUAUUAUUAUUAUUAUUAUUAUUAUUAUUAUUAUUAUUAUUAUUAUUAUUAUCAUCAUCAUCACCAUUAUCACUAUUACUAUUAGUAAUGUUUAAUAAAUUUCCCUGGACGGUUGUAAAUUAGAGAGCCUCAUUACCAUCGUGAAUAUUAGCAGAAUUUGGACAAAACACGUACUUUGCUAGACCCUGGAGCGUCCCAAAUCUGGGCUUCGAAAGGGAUGUUGAUAGUGCACCAAGGUUUGGCUAAAGAGAAGGUGACAAUCCUUGCCUUGAGUUUAAGUUCAGCGUCAGAUAAGGCGGGUGGAACCCUAGCUUAUGAGGUUCAAAGGCAGUGGGGAAAAAACAAUUCUAGUUUAAGAGGUUUGAAAGUAGUGGUAAAACAACAUUAGUUUAAGAGGUUUAAAGGCAGUGGGAUAAAAACAACCCUAGUUUAAGAGGAUUAAAGUCAGUGGUCAUAUUUUUAUGAGAUGGCGAUAGACAGUGGUCUUUCUUUUAUAUAUCUGACAUGAAAGACGCAUCGAAGCUCUUUUUUCUAUUCUCACUCAGUUGGAUAUUUUCGUUCUUUUUGAGUUAGUAAUGUCCAAUGAAUUUAGGAAACUAUUUUCUAUUGAACCAACUUUUGGUCAAGUUCUGGGAUAAGAGAUUCACUGUACAUUUACUUUACUGGUUUGGUCACCUUUAGCAAUAAGAGCGUGGAUUACCUUAAUUACUAAUAUUUCUUAAUAAAGAAUUUUCACUUACUAAAAUCUACAUAAGAUUAUGGCAAAUUUCAAGUAUACAUAAUUUUUCAUUUGCAUAAACCUGUUGUUAUAUCAUCUAGGAUAUAUUUUAAGUUUCAUGUUGACCUUUUUGUUAUGUAUAAGUACCCAACAUAUGACAGCGACCAAUAAAGUGAAGCUAAUUAAAAUGAUAUCUAGAUUAUUCUACU